UAAUGUUAAAGUUAUGUAGAGAUUCCACCCUUAAUGUUAAAGUUAGGUAGAGAUUCCACCCUUAAUGUUAGAGUUAGGUAGAGAUUCCACCCUUAAUGUUAAAGUUAGGUAGAGAUUCUACCCUUAAUGUUAGAGUAUGUAGAGAUUCUACCCUUAAUGUUAGAGUUAGGUAGAGAUUCCACCCUUAAUGUUAGAGUUAGGUAGAGAUUCCACCCUUAAUGUUAAAGUUAGGUAGAGAUUCCACCCUUAAUGUUAGAGUAUGUAGAGAUUCUACCCUUAAUGUUAGAGUAUGUAGAGAUUCUACCCUUAAUGUUAGAGUUAGGUAGAGAUUCCACCCUUAAUGUUAGAGUUAGGUAGAGAUUCCACCCUUAAUGUUAGAGUUAGGUAGAGAUUCCACCCUUAAUGUUAGAGUUAGGUAGAGAUUCCACCCUUAAUGUUAAAGUUAGGUAGAGAUUCCACCCUUAAUGUUACAGUAUGUAGAGAUUCCACCCUUAAUGUUACAGUAUGUAGAGAUUCCACCCUUAAUGUUAGAGUUAGGUAGAGAUUCCACCCUUGAGGUUAGUUUUAGAUAGAUAUUUGUGAGGUGCAGAGACUGCGUGUUGGGGGUUAGGGCUCAUCAGGGGAAAGGUGGUGAAGACUUCUCCCUGAACUGAUAUUUUUCUCCUAGGACCUCCUCGCUCCAUGUAUCCCUCAGACCCUGCAGGAGAGGAGGAGAGGAAGAGGAUGAGUGGAGAGCGGAUGGGUCUGACCUGCCUGGACCGAGACAGAGAGGCCUACAUCAGGGAUAAUAAGGAUCCAGUGGACUUCACAAGGAUCCAUCCGUCCAACAGCUGUCACGGUGACAUCACCUCUCACCUCAUGGUGCCGGGUGGGACUUCCCUACAAUCUGGCCAAUUAGGAGACCCCUCUGCACAUGCACACGCCCACUCGGCCCACCACCAUUGGCUGCCGAGCACUGGAAGUCCCUCCAUCUGGAUGACAAGCCACUCCUACGGAAUCGGCCACUCAGCCCUUCACCAGAACCUCGCCCCAGGUUUUUUCUGCAGCCAUGCCAGGGUCUCUACAGCCUGUGCUGCCUCUGCCUCAGGACCCGUCUACCCAGCUGGUGGUGCUACCCACAGAGCCUGCUGCCCACCCUGUCACACAUCACCUGGGUGAGCCUCACUAUUGUUCAUUGUCUUUUCUCAAUGGUUUUCUCCUCUUGCAUGUCACUCUACAUCCUUACUUAGUUACCCCAAUACCCCAUUACACCCUUACACCUUAGGUUUGAGGGGUAAAUGUUAUGGGGUAAGGGUAGGGUUAAGUGGUAAGAGUUGAGGGGUAGGUGUUAAGGGGUAAGGGUA